GAUGGAUCAAAUAGUGAGAUUACAUAAAUGUCAUCUGAGAAAUAUUUUUUCGGAUAUGAUAUUAUUUUAAUAUAAAGACAAAUCGGGAAAAAAGUCGAGUUAGUUAUCUUUUUUAAGUAAUCUGCCUCUGGGUUUAGGGUUUCUUUGGGGGAGGCCGCAGCCGUUUUGUUCUUCAUAUCUUCUUCGACUCAGCAACUGCGACAGACUCGUUACAGUCGAGGAACUUCCUCUUACCGUCAUCAACAUGGGGAAGACACGUGGAAUGGGAGCUGGCCGCAAGCUGAAGUCACAUCGUAGGAACCAGAGGUGGGCUGAUAAGGCAUAUAAGAAGUCACAUCUUGGCAAUGAAUGGAAGAAGCCAUUUGCUGGAUCUUCCCAUGCUAAAGGCAUUGUUCUUGAGAAAAUUGGUAUCGAGGCAAAACAACCAAACUCUGCUAUCAGAAAAUGUGCUCGAGUACAGUUAAUUAAGAAUGGAAAGAAGAUUGCUGCCUUUGUACCAAAUGAUGGUUGCUUGAACUAUAUUGAAGAAAAUGAUGAAGUGCUAAUUGCAGGAUUUGGUCGUAAGGGGCAUGCUGUAGGAGAUAUCCCUGGGGUCAGAUUUAAAGUUGUUAAGGUAUCUGGUGUCUCUCUUUUGGCUCUCUUUAAAGAAAAGAAGGAGAAGCCAAGGUCAUAAAUUUUCUAUUUUUAGAUUGUUUUUGGGAUUUUAGACUCUUAAAAGAAGAGAAGAUUUUGCUGCUGCCUCCUCCCCUGGAAAAAGAAAUUCUGUCUUUGCUAUUCUAUCUGCUUCUAGUGCUACCCCAUGAGAUAACCUGCUGUGUUUCAUUGCCGAGUUCAAAAGCAAAUUUUUUCACUCUUUAUUGAA